UAAGUUUUCUACACUCUAUUUUUAUUCACUCACUUUGCCUCAGCUCAUGAUCUCUUAUCAUACCAUACUCCUAUCAUCUUUUAGAUAAUAUUUUUCUUCAAUUUGUGCUUGGCGAUCAACAUCAGAUUACUAAACUAUAUCAUGAGUGAUUCCUCUGCUUCUUACAUCCAUAUGGUGCAGCACUUGAUAGAAAAGUGCCUGAUUUUUCAUAUGACUAAAGAGGAGUGCAUGGAGGCACUAUCCAAGCAUGCAAACAUCAAACCUGUAAUCACUUCUACUGUGUGGAAUGAGUUAGAGAAAGAGAAUAAAGAGUUCUUCGAGUCAUAUACUCAAUCACAGAACAAAGAUCGCAUGACAGAGGCAGAAACUAGCGCGAUGAUUCAGAAAAUGAUUUCAAACCAUGAUCAUGAUCAUUCCAAAGACUAUGAGGAAGUAGGUUGUUCGAAGGAUUCGGACAGGGAAUAACAUGUUAUGACCACGUAAAAGCGAUCUAACCUUUGAGUUCUGGUUGAUCUUUAGGGAUUUAACUUAUAUACACUGAUCGUGCAAAGCAUUUUUACACUAUCAAGUGUACCUACCUUAUUUUCCAUGAUUAUUAAUACUAUCAACUAUUAUGGAUGGUUACCUGUAAUUAUCUUCUAUGUACGACCAGACUCAAAGGGGAUUCCCUACUUCAUUGAAAAUUCGGAGAUUGUACUAUGUGGUCCUUUUCUUGAUCAUACUAUAUACUAGUUGGUUGAGUAAAUUUAAUC